AUGACUAAUACAAAAGUUAUCAAAAUUAAAGAUAAAACUGAACAGUAUGAAAAUUUUAGCAAAACGAAACUCUUACAUUUUUUGGAGAAUUUGGCAUUUGAAUUGGAUACGGAAUAUAUAAGCCUCGAGGAAAUAGUAAAUAAAGUAAUAGAUGGGUUACCUGACUUGAUUUCUGUGAAGGAUUUAUUAGAAUUAUUAGCAGAAUCAAUUGCCACCAAAAUUAUUUAUCAUCCAGACCAUUCAAUAUUAGCCGGAAGAGUAGAGGCAGUUAAUCUACAAAAAAUGACUGAUUAUACCUUUAGUAGUAAUGUUAUUCGAUUGAGAAAUUAUAAAAGUAAUAAAACGGGCAGAAGUUAUGGCGUGGUUUCCGAUGAAUACUUUAAAACCGUAAUGGAACAUAAGCAUGUAUUGGAUUCGAUUAUAGAUAGCAGAAGAGACCUUGAGUUGACAUACUUUGGGAUCAAGACGUUGCAAAAUUCUUAUUUGUUGAAGUUGGAUAACGUUGUCAGUGAAACUCCACAAUUUAUGUUUUUAAGAGUGGCCAUAGGCAUUCAUGGCGAUGAUAUUGAUAGCGUGAUUGAAACUUACGAAUUAAUGUCACAGAAGUAUUUCAUACAUGCAUCACCAACAUUGUUUAAUUCAGGAACUGAAUAUAAUUAUUUAUCAUCAUGCUUUUUGCUUGCAAUGGAGGAUGACUCAAUAGAUGGCAUUUACAAAACCUUACAUAAAUCUGCAUUAAUUUCGAAAGCAUCCGGAGGAAUUGGACUUCAUGUACAUAAUAUUAGAGGAAGUGGGUCAUAUAUAGCUAGCUCAAAUGGAACAUCAAGCGGUUUAGUUCCUAUGUUGAGAGUUUUUAAUAAUACUGCAAGGUAUGUCGAUCAAGGUGGCAACAAAAGACCUGGGGCAUUCGCCAUAUAUAUUGAACCAUGGCACUGUGACAUUAUAAGUAUAUUGGAUUUGAAAAAGAAUCAUGGUAAAGAAGAAAUGAGAGCCCGAGAUUUGUUUUACGGUUUAUGGAUACCUGAUUUAUUUAUGGAGAGAGUCAAACAAGAUCUAGAUUGGUCACUCUUCUCGCCUGAUAUUACUCCUGGAUUAAGCGAUUGUUAUGGUGAUGCUUUUAAAACCCUCUAUGAGAAGUAUGAGGAAUCAGGAAAAGCAAUUAGGACUAUUAAAGCUCAAAAAUUAUGGCGUGCCAUUCUAGAAUGCCAAACUGAAACUGGUGGUCCUUAUAUGUUGUUCAAGGAUGCGUGUAACCUGAAAUCAAACCAAAGGAAUUUAGGAACUAUCAAAUCAUCUAACCUUUGUUGUGAAAUUAUCGAAUAUUCAUCGCCCGAAGAAACUGCAGUUUGUAAUUUAGGUUCUUUAGCCUUACCUUCAUUCAUCAAGAACAGCAAUGAAUUAGAAUACGAUUUUGAUAAGCUUCAUACAGUAACAAAAGUAUUAGCGAAAAAUUUGAACAAGAUAAUAGACAUUACCAAAUACCCUAUUGAAAGUGCCAAAUUCUCAAAUAUGAGGAAUAGACCCAUUGCUGUAGGUGUUCAAGGACUAGCUGAUUUAUUCUUGGAAUUAAGAUUACCGUUCGAUUCUAACCAAGCUAAGGUUUUAAAUACGCAGAUUUUUGAAACAAUUUACCAUGCUGCAGUCGAGGUAUCUAUUGAACUAGCAAUUAAGGAUGGUCCUUACGAUACUUUUAAGGGCUCCCCGAUUUCGGAGGGAUUAUUCCAAUUUGAUCUUUGGAAUCAUAAACCAUCCCAACUAUAUUCUGAUUGGGAUGAAUUGAAACUAAAAGCUAAAACAUUAGGCGUUAGAAAUUCAUUACUUGUUGCGCCAAUGCCUACUGCUUCGACAUCUCAGAUUUUAGGCUUUAAUGAAUGUUUUGAACCUUACACUUCAAAUAUAUACAAUAGAAGGGUAUUAUCUGGAGAAUUUCAAGUGGUUAACAAAUACUUAAUGAAGGAUUUAAUUGAUUUAGGUAUUUGGAAUUCGUCAAUGAAGAAUAAGAUAAUCUUGGAAAACGGAUCUAUUCAAAACAUACCCAGUAUACCAAAGGAAUUGAAACAACUAUAUAAAACUGUUUGGGAAAUAUCACAAAAGGUGAUUAUUGAACUAGCAGCUGAUAGAGGAAAAUUUAUCGACCAGCUGCAAAGUAUGAAUAUUCAUUUACAAGAUCCUACUUUUGGUAAGUUAACUAGUAGCCAUUUCUAUGCAUGGGAAAAAGGAUUGAAAACUGGUAUGUACUAUUUAAGAACUCAGGCAGCAACUAGAGCUAUUCAAUUCACUGUUGAUUUAGCUGAGUCCAGGAAACUAGACGUACAACCAGAAGCUGAUAUGAGUACAUUAAAACGAAAAUCGUACCAUGAAAUUGAUAGGAUUGAAGGGGUACAAAAAAAAUUCAAAUCUGAAAAGCCCAAAAUGAUAGACAAUACAAAGAAAUACAAAUCUGAUACCUACAUAACACCAGAAUCAGCUGGAAUUGAUAGUCCAGAAACGAAAGGAGAUACUGAAGAAUCAUAUGACAUUUAUGAUACCACACCAGUUGCCUGUGAUAUUAAUAAUGUUGCGAACUGUGAUUCAUGUUCUGGAUAA